AUGAAUGAGAUUAAAAGGAAAGUCUAUAAAGCCCAGGCCCAGUGGAAGGCCUUCUCCACCUGUGCCUUCCACCUGGCCGUGGUCACCUUGUUCUACACCACGUGCAUGUUCAAUUAUAACCGGCCCAGCUCCGGACACCCCUUGUAUGUAGACACCCUGGCUUCUGUUCUCUACAAUGUUGUCAUGCCCAUGCUGAACCCCCUCAUAUACUGCCUGAGGAACAAGGAGGAGGCGCUCUGGUUUCAGAAAACUUUUCCCAUUCAUGAGAAGUCAUAUGCAAAGUAUCCAAAUGGUUCAUCACUUACCUACCGCCCCAACAGGAGCACUUGCUGGAAUAUUGAGAAAGGGAUUCCACCCCUCGCCUUCCUCCAACCUCCAGAAGAAUCUCUGGUCUCUGAGAACUUUUCCUAUGGUAUGAAUGGACCAUCGCUGACCUACUGCCCCAACGGGAGCACUUGUUGUAAUAUUGAGAAAGAUGCAGCCGAGCAGGAGAUGGGGAAUUGGACAGCUGAGCUGGGUUUCACGCUCCUGGGCUUCUCUACUUUCCCAGAACAGCACAAAUUGGUCUUUGUGGCACUCCUGGCUGUGUACCUCACAGCUCUGGUUGGCAAUGGGAUGAUACUGAUCAUUGUUCGGCUAGACUCUGGCCUCCAAACCCCUAUGUACUAUUUCCUCCAGAACUUAUCCUUCCUAGACAUCUGCUACAUCUCUGUCACACUGCCCCAGAUGCUGAAUAACCUCCUGGAAGAGGAGAAGGCCAUUUCCUUCAAGGCCUGCUUUACCCAGCUCUUCUUCCUCAUCACCUUCGUGGGAGUCGAGUGCAUCCUCCUAGCCAUCAUGGCCUACGACCGCUACCUGGCUAUUUGCCACCCGCUGCGCUAUGCCGCCCUCAUGAGCAGAAAGACUUGCCUGCAGCUGGCGGUGGCCUCCUGGACCUGCGGCCUUCUCAACUCGGCCCUGCAUACGGGCCUCACCUCUGUCCUGCCUUUCUGUGCCUCCCACCACAUCACCCAUCUGUUCUGCGACAUCCCCCAGCUCCUGAAACUCUCCUGCUCGGACACCUCCCUCAACAAGGUGGUGCUGCUGGCCGUGACAGUGCUGCUUGGCGCCAUUCCCUUCCUCUGCAUCGUGGUGUCCUACGUGGCCAUCGCCAGGGCUGUCCUACAGAUCCGCUUUGCCCAGGCCCAGCGGAAGGCCUUCUCCACCUGCGCCUCCCACCUGGCCGUGGUCACCUUGUUCUACACCACGUGCAUGUUCAAUUAUAACCGGCCCAGCUCUGGACACCCCUUGUAUGUAGACACCCUGGCUUCUGUGCUCUACAAUGUUGUCACACCCAUGCUGAACCCCCUCAUAUACUGCCUGAGGAACAAGGAGGUGAAGGCAGUUCUGAAACAUGCAAUAGGGCAAAAAAAUUCCUCUCUGAAAACAUGA